AUGGCAGCUGCUUCAGAAUCAGUUGAUCCAAGUUUGGAGGCUCACACCGAGCUAGUGAGCUGGUUUAUUCAACAUGGCGGCACAGUCGACGCAGCCGUACGGAUCACUCAGGAUGCCUUGCGAGGUGUGCACAUGCAAGUGAAAGCAGACCUGCCGAAUGCCAUUCCCAGGGAAACAAGAGUCAUCAACACCCCGAUCAGCGUUUCAAUGUCAUGGUACAACGCUAUUGGCUAUGAAUGCCCCAAGGGCUCGUUCUCCAAGUAUGGCGUGGAUUUUCCGCGCCAGUGGAUAGAUGAGAUUGGGCCUGAGGAGACAUUUGCUUUCUUCCUUAUGGGCCAAUAUCUGCGCGGACAGGAGAGUUUUUGGUACCCUUAUCUGCGUACUUUGCCCCAGCCGGGUCAAUUGACCACGCCCCUCUUCUUUAGCGAAGAGGAUGUGGAUUGGAUCCAGGGAACUGGCAUCCCGGAGGCAUCGGUGGAGAGAAUCAAAGUCUGGGAUCAGAAGUAUGAUGAUGCAAUCACUAAGUUGGAAGGAUUUGGUUUCCUUGACUGUGGAGAAUUUACCUGGGAACUGUAUAUGUGGGCUGCGACCAUCAUUACGUCGAGAGCGUUCUCGCCCAAGGUUCUUUCUGGCGCUGUCGAGGCAGAUGAUCUCUGGGAAGAUCGUACCUCGGCCCUUCUUCCUCUUAUUGACCUGCCAAAUCACCGGCCGAUGGCGAAGGUUGAGUGGCGAGCGGGCGAAGAAGAUAUCGGUCUUCUUGUGCUUGAAGACCUUUCUCCAGGUCAUGAAAUUUCGAAUAAUUAUGGACCUCGCAACAACGAACAAUUGCUGGUCAACUAUGGGUUCUGUCUUACGAACAAUCCUACCGACUAUCGCAUUGUUCAUUUAGGAGUCAAGCCCGAUAGUCCACUCGGACAGGCUAAAGCUCGUCAGCGGGAGCUUUUCCCAGAGUUUGCCAAGAACGUUGAAGAUCACUAUUACAUAUUCAACCCCUUCUAUCCUCUUUUGGGGCCUGACACAUCGAUGGAGCACUCAAUUUUCUCACCGGCGUUGUUCAACGCUUUGACGGUGAUGGAGUCAAAUGCCCGCGAGCGUGACAUGCUCGAAAUUACCGAUAUGGGCAUUCGAAUCACACCCGCAUACGGCAAUGGCCAUUGCAUCUAUGCCGCAUUGGCACAGAUCAGCUUUGAGAUGAUUGCCCAUGCCUAUACCCUCAAAGCCAGUGCACAAGAUCUGCCCUCCCAGCCAGCAACACUGAAUCAGACUCAUGGGCAGAUCUAUCGCAAUGGCCAAAUCACAUUGGAUUAUGCUGCUUUAAUCAUUGCAACCUGGACCAUCACCCGCGGUCGCGAACACAAUCGGGGUGAAAGCUGGAAUGACAUCAAGGUCUUGCUCUCUGAAUUGAUGGCACGUGUCCCAGCCGGUCUUCUCUCAGAUGAGGUGCUUUCCAGGACCCGUGUGCGUAUCCUGGAGCGUAACUCCAUCGUAUCCAAAAAUGGCGAACUCUUCAGAUUGGGCGAAAUAUUCAGUCUUCUCCCGGCAGAUAUGCAAGAGCCGGCCCAAACGUGCUUUCAGCAUGUUCUUGCUGUGAUAAGCCAAGAGGUUCCGCCCGUGGCCAGCGAUCCUCAGACUCUCUUUGCAACAGUGAUUUGUCUGCUAGUUGCAACUUAUAACUCACCCGAAGCACGCUCCAAGCUGCCUUCACGCCUGACGAGAUGGAUGGCCUUCCUUCUUGAAAAGUACCCGCUAGCCUCUGUGGCUUCGGUCGACGCAAGUGAGCCGCUUCGCUUAUUCCAGGAAUACAUCAAAGCCGAACAGCCCGGUUCUUGGGCACCCAGUGAUGGUGCCGAUUGGUUUGUUGAGACCAGUGGAUGGUUGCAGCCUGACUGGUUGAAAUGGUCGUGGACCGUGGCAGGCGCGGAAAUGGUUAUGAUUCCUCUCCAGUCUUUGGAAGUUCUUGAUACGGAUGGAGAGCCCUCUUUGUUGAAACAGGCCUGCCUUUAUGUGCCACAGGAGUAG